UUUCUUUUUUCUUUAUUAUGACAAACAAUAUCUCUUCCCGUAUAAUGCAGUUUAACUCUAUUCAAGAGGAACUAGAUUAUUGGAGAAGCCACGCAGAAAAUCUAGAGAAUACUUUACAAGAUACAAGAGCAGCUCUAGACGAGUUUCAAGUAUCUUCUCGCGAACUUGAAGAAGAACUUGAGAAAGAAUUGCAAACAACUGAAAAAGCAUACAAUGACCUAAAAUCGCGUUGCGAGCACUUUAAACGAGACGCAGAGGAUUGGAAAGCAAAAUACACAGAAUCAAAGCAUGAACAAAAUAUCACAAUGGUUCAAAUGCAACGAGAAAUUGAUAUUCUGAGAGCGACAGAAGAAUCAUUUAGAAAAAAAGUGUUAGAGCUAGAGCUCGACAAUGAUGAUUUGGAAAGGACAGAAAGAGCUGCGACCUCUUCUUUGACAGAUCUGGAAAUGAAGCUGAAUAAAGCAAUUGAAAGAAAUGUGAUUUUAGAGAAUGAAAUUCAAGCAAAAGACAAUUUGACAGAACAAACGCAAAGAUUGAAGGAUGAGCUGAAUGAGGCACACCAAGAGUUGUCUGUUUUACGCUCUCAAUCUUCAAAACAACAAGAGUAUAUUGAAGAACUUGAAAACAAGGUUGAAGAAGUUGAAAAGAAGAAUAGACAACAAGCAGCCUUAAACGAACAACAAAAUAGAUCACCUACUCCAGACCGAGGUUCAGGCUAUUAUGAUCCUUAUUCACGUAAUAGAACUACUCGCAUACCUCGUACAUCAGCAUCUGGAUCUCUUUCUGCUUCAUCAAAUCCAGUCAAGAUGGUACAAGAAAUGGUUGGUCGAGUCAGAAGCUUAGAAGCACGAUUGCAGUCAUGUCGUUCUUUGGUUACUCCUCUUUUGAACCCACCACCUUCCUAUAGUUCAUCCAACUAUAUUCAUAGAGACUCACACAUGUCUACUGGCCAUAGUCGACCUUCUUCACCUGAUACUAGCAGUAUUCGCUCAGGUAGCCCAAUGCAUUUCUCCAACAUUAAAGCAAGAAGACCUUCUGAGUACAUGAAGACAAGUAUGGAUACCAGCGAAGAAUAAUUUACUAGUACUUAAUGAUUUAAUACCGUCUUGAAAGUAUAUAAAACUAUUUAAAUAAAU